UAUUGUUUGAGGCAAUUUGAGGUUAUUGAUUGAUAAGAUUGAUGAAAGCGGCACAAGUUGUUCUGCGGCUCCUAAUAGAAGACAAAUUUGGGAUCAACAGGAAUAUUCAUUGUCAGGUUCGGCAGUUAUCACAGUGCAAGAUGUCCAAAAAAGCAUUGGUUUUCCUUGCUGCAGGAACUGAAGAAAUGGAAUUUGUGAUUGCAGCUGAUACCUUGACUCGAGGAGGGAUUGCAGUUACUAUAGCUGGAUUGCCAGACUCUUCCUUGGUGAAAUGCAGCAGAGGGGUGAAUAUCAAACCCGACAUUGCUGUGUCAGAAGCUAAAUCCAGAGGACCUUUCGAUGUGCUGGUCCUUCCAGGAGGUUUAGGAGGUGCCAAAGCAAUGGCUGAAUCACAAGAAGUUGGGGCAUUACUCAAAGAACAAGAAAAGAGUGGUAGAAUAAUUGCUGCAAUAUGUGCAGCUCCCACAGCCUUGAAAGCACAUGGUAUCGCCAUCGGCAAAAAUAUCACUUCCUACCCAAGCAUGAAAGACCAAAUGGUAGAAGGUGGAAAGUACAACUAUUUGGAUGAUAAAGUUGUAGUCGACGGUAAUAUCAUAACGAGUAAGGGGCCAGGAACUUCUUUCGAUUUUGCCCUCACAAUCGUCGAGAAAUUAGUGGGCAAAGAAAAAGCAUCUGAAGUAGCAAAGGGAAUGCUAAUUUGUUACUAAUAUUGCAAUGGUUAUCUGAAUGUUGUGUAAAAUAGUUCCAAAUUGAUAUUGUAUUUUCAGACAAUUGUAGAUAUUCAGUCAUGUAAAAUUAAUUUGAUUAAAUAACUUCAUUAUGA